UUUCUAUUUUUCUUGCUGCGAAGAUCAUUUUGAAACGUUUCGAAACUCCUAAAUUUGAAUGCUUUGGAAAGCAUAAUCACUGCUUUAUUGUCCCACCAUUGGAAUUGAUCUGAAAUUCAUUUGCUCUGCUUUACGCUCUUUCAGUCUUUCUCCCGUUAGUUGUACUGUAAUUUGUAACCCUGACAAUCAUCGAAACUCGCUUUGUUGUGGUUGUGGAAAUACGUUCUGGCUCAGAUUUCUUGUCAUUGGAAACUUGGUUGCACCUUUGUUUGCUGCCCAUGGAUGCAUUGUGAAUUUAGUGAACAGGACGGGAAUUUUCUUUUCAAAUUUCCGAUUUUGGAAAGCCACUUGCUUGUCCAUCGUUGGGUGACUUCUGUGCCGUGUGGAGGUGUAACGAAGUAGAAGAAUCCAUUCCUGACAGCCAGCCAUGGGCCGUAUCUUCCUGGAGCAUCCGGGCGGGUCGCGGCUGUACUCGUGCGGCAACUGCGACACGGUGCUGACCAACCGCAAGGAGCUGGCCAGCACCCGCUUCACCGGCUCCACCGGGCGGGCCUUCCUCUUCAACCGCGUGGUCAACAUCCGCACCUCGGAGGUGCAGGACCGCGUCAUGCUCACCGGCCGGCAUUUUGUCCGCGAUGUCUUCUGCAAGAAGUGCAACACGAAACUCGGCUGGUUCUACGAGUUCGCCACGGAGGAGGACCAAAAGUACAAGGAGGCCAAGGUCAUCCUGGAGCGGGCGCUCAUCAUGGAGAGCGAGGGCAUCGAGACGCCGGAGAGUGCCGGCGAGGGACCGCUGCCUAUCGUGUGAGCAAAGGGAGCACUAUUCUUGUUGGCCUUGGAAAAUGGUUGAGUUGUUGACGAUGUUGUGUACAGGAUUGUACAGAUGUGCUUGUCAAAAACGUGUGCCGGUGAUUGUGGUUAGUGUCGGUUAAUUUUUACAUAAUAUAUACAUUUUACAAAAUUAUCGUUUCCCAUGAUUGAUUGCCUUGUACUCUCGUCUCGUUUUUGGAAGUUGGUAAAAUUAUUGUGAAAAUUGCGAGUUUUGUGAGUGUCGUGGAAUGUGACUGGUUGUUGUGGAUUUGUGUGAGCUGGACGUUAUUGUUGUACGAAACACAACAAUGUUUUAAAUAAAUGUAGAAUGUAUACUACGGGUAGUAAUUUCGUGGUUUCUUUGUGUCCAGACUGCGCAGCCGUACCAUGUACGU